AGGGGUGUCCUUUAUGGCUGAGCUUCCCCCCCUUUUUGAGACUCACCGGCUACAUCCGUCGUUUUCCAAGCAGCUGAGAAAAGGGCCCGCGGGAGGGAAGGCCGGAGCUCCUGCUCGCGUUUGCCGCCGCCGGUAAGCGCUUCUCUCCGCUCGCCCCUCGCGAUGGUGUAGCCGGGAGUCGCGUCACGUGACUUCGUUCUAAGAUGGCGGCGUCGGGGUCUGCGCUGCUCGCGGAGGCGGACGAGUUCGAGGACGCGCCUGACGUGGAGCCGCUGGAGCCGACGCUGAGCAACAUCAUCGAGCAGCGAAGCCUGAAGUGGAUCUUCGUCGGAGGGAAGGGAGGCGUCGGCAAGACCACCUGCAGUUGCAGCCUAGCUGUGCAGCUUUCCAAAGUACGUGAGAGUGUUCUCAUCAUCUCCACUGAUCCUGCUCAUAACAUUUCAGAUGCCUUUGAUCAGAAAUUUUCCAAGGUUCCCACCAAAGUAAAGGGCUAUGACAACCUUUUUGCUAUGGAGAUUGAUCCUAGCUUGGGUGUGGCAGAACUUCCAGAUGAAUUCUUUGAAGAGGAUAACAUGCUAAGUAUGGGCAAGAAAAUGAUGCAGGAGGCAAUGAGUGCCUUCCCUGGUAUUGAUGAAGCCAUGAGCUAUGCUGAAGUGAUGAGGUUGGUGAAAGGGAUGAAUUUUUCCGUGGUGGUGUUUGACACAGCACCCACAGGGCACACGUUACGACUGCUCAACUUCCCUACCAUUGUGGAGCGGGGUCUAGGCCGCCUGAUGCAAAUAAAGAAUCAGAUCAGCCCCUUCAUAUCACAGAUGUGCAACAUGCUUGGCUUGGGAGACAUGAAUGCUGACCAGCUGGCCUCCAAGCUGGAAGAGACUCUCCCGGUCAUCCGCUCAGUGAGCGAGCAAUUCAAGGAUCCGGAGCAAACUACAUUUAUCUGUGUUUGCAUCGCUGAGUUCCUCUCCCUGUAUGAAACAGAGCGGCUCAUCCAGGAACUGGCCAAGUGCAAGAUUGACACCCACAACAUAAUCGUCAAUCAGUUGGUCUUUCCUGACCCAGAGAAGCCAUGCAAGAUGUGUGAGGCCCGGCACAAGAUCCAGUCCAAAUACCUUGACCAGAUGGAAGACCUCUAUGAAGAUUUCCACAUUGUAAAGCUGCCACUUCUGCCCCAUGAAGUCCGAGGAGCUGACAAAGUCAACACUUUCUCAACUCUGCUCCUGGAGCCCUACAAGCCGCCUAGCGCAAAAUGAAGCCUUGUGGACUGGCUCCCAUUAACUCCCCUGUCAACCAUUCCAUGUGUGCCCUUCCCUCACCCCUGACCUGCUGGGAUUCCUCCCCUUCCAGUAGCCUCAUUUGCGUCUUGCAGUUGAUUGAUGGGCUUGUGGUGGGGUUGGAAGAGGUAGGAUUUGGAGGUCCUACUUUUCUCUCCUGUCAUGCUGAUACUUCAUGGGACAUCCUCAACCCAGCCACAGCAUCGCAUCUUUAUCUCUCACUGACCAGCUAGCUGUUUUAAACAUGGGUCAUAUUUUCUGUCUGUCACUCCAGCUUCUCCUUUUGAUCAUCUCCUGGGACUAAGGCCUUUUUUGGUUGAGGUUCCAGUCAGGAGCUUUGGUAAAAGACUGUCACUGUUUACCCCAAAGCCAUCAAUCCUAAUGGGUGGUAUUUAAAUAAACAGUAAGGGAAACUAAUUUGCUGCUGUCCUUCAGCCAGGUCAUAGUUUUCACUUCUGGUGGGAGAUCUCAGCAGAGUUUGGAGGACAUAUGGGAGUGCCGUAGGGGGUCCUUUUGUUGUAGGGAAAGCUUAAAGCAUCUUUGGACGUCUGCUUGAAAGCUUUGUUUUCCUAAGGCUAGGGAAGCAUGAAGAACGGAGAUGCCUUUGGUUUCUUUUCAGCUUUCCCCAGAAGUCGAUCAGAAAUGUGGAUUUGUAAUCAUCACGAGUCCCCGACUUUUCAGGAGCUAUACAAGGUUUUCCAAGUUCCAUAUAUCUUCAGUAAAUGCAAUAUGAGAGGCCUGUGGUCAGAUCUUCUGCAGUCUUUAAUUUAAAAGCACCUAUGGUAUAACUUGGAGCGGAACAGGAGGAGUUUCCUAUAUGGAAACAGCACAGGGAGAAAAAUAGUACUUUCUCUCUCCAAGGCUAUUAGAUCUGUUGGAGACAAAAGAUGAACACCUCAGCAAGAAUAUAGUUCUGAUCCCGUAACUGACGGGUCUGCUAAGAAAUCCAUCCUACAAACCAUCAAUUUUGUUAUAAUUCAAGCUAUAAACUGAUACGUAAGGAUCUAGCAACUCUGCAUGGUAGUUGAUGGCAAUAUCUCCUGUUACUGUUUCCAGUGUGAAGAUGAAUGUGUGAGAGAGAGCUUAGAAGCACAUUAAUACAAUAAAGUAUUAUAUCUGCA